AGUGCUAUACAAAAGCUGUUUUUUUUUUCUUUUUGUAUCAGAGAAGAAAGUAGACAACUAAGAGCUAUAGUGAUUCAUAAUGAAAUAUACUAAAUCGAAUUUUAUGAUGUCAGUUGUUGGCAUUAUAAUCUAUAUAACUGAUUUAAUUGUGGACAUUUGGGUAUCUGUUAGGUUUUUCCAUGAAGGACAAUAUGUUUUUGGUGUUUUAACAGUAAGUUUUAUGCUUGUUGGAACACUUGUGGUCCAGUGUUUUAGUUAUUCUUGGUACAAGGCCGAUUUAAAGAAAGCAGGCCAAGAAAGUCAGCAUCGUUUUCUUCUACUUCACUGCUUGCAAGGAGGAAUUUUUACAAGGUAUUGGUUUGCCUUGAAAAAGGGUUAUCAUGUGGCUUUCAAAUAUAGCAGCAAAACUGAUAACUUCAUAGAAGAACAAAUUGAUCCACAUAAAGAAGUUAUAGAUGAAGUGACUGAUUUAAGCAUGCUCAGGCUAUUUGAGACCUACCUGGAAGGCUGCCCACAACUUGUUUUUCAGCUCUAUACCUGUUUGGAACACGGUCAAGCAAAUACCAGUCAGUAUGCAGCCCUCAUGGUCUCUUGCUGUGCUAUUUCUUGGUCAACUGUUGAUUAUCAAAUAUCUUUAAGAAAAUCCUUACCUGAUAAAAAUGUCCUUACUGGGCCCUGUCCCAAACUCACAUAUCUCUUUUACAAGUUUUUUACAUUAUUAUCUUGGAUGCUGAGUGUUGUACUUCUUUUAUUCUUAAAUGUUAAUAUUGCUUUAUAUCUGUUGUCAUUUCUUUGGUUUUUAGGUAUAUUGUGGGCAUUUAAAAACCAAACUAAGUUUUGUGCUUCCAUAAGUAUGGAGUUCUUAUACAGGAUUGUUGUUGGAUUUGUUCUUAUUUUUACAUUUUUUAAUAUUCAGGGGCAGAAUACCAAAUGUCCAAUGUCUUGUUAUUAUAUUGUAAGGGUACUGGCCACACUGGGGAUAUUGAUUGUGUUGUGGGUUUGCCCACUUUCUAUUUUUAAUUCAGACUAUUUUAUACCUAUUAGUAUUAUUAUAGCUCUUGCUCUUAUCCUUGGAAUUAUUUUUCUUAUUGUUUAUUAUGGGACUUUGCACCCCAACAAAAGUAAAGAAAGAAAACCUGAUGAAAUUGAUGGGAAACCAGUGCAAAUAGAAUGUAGAAUGAAGUAUUUCCUAAUGGAAUAAGCUAUCCUUUAUAAGACAUAUUUUCUUAUUUUUUGUUUCAUUGUUUAGUAAAGAAAAUGUUGUGUGUCUAUGUGUGUGUUAUUUCUUAGUUUUGCUAUCUUUAAUUUGAGAUCAGUUCUGGUACAUUAUUUAUGAAUGUGAGAGUGAGUAUAUUAAUAUUUUUAUUAUUUAAAUUAAUUUUUCAUUUGUUUUUGAAGACCUUAAGAGCUUAGAUAUAUUUGCUUGUUGUCAGGCAGAGUAGCCAUUUUGAGCUUGAAUUGGAAGAAAUGGUCUGGUUCCAUUAACUUGAAGGCUGGAAUUGAGCUUCUCUCCAACUUUCUCCUCAUUUUUCCUGAACUAAAACUGAUGCACCUGUUGUGGAGAACUGCAAAAGGAAGAAGAGAGCAGAACACUUGUUCUUCUCACCUGCAUUUUCUUGAUUUAGUGCAUAUAUUGAGUUGGGGACAGAUUGAGCUGAGAAAAAGGAAAAGGAAGGGAAGAGGAAGAAACAAGACAUAAAAUUUACCAUCUUAACCAUUUUCCUUGUACAUCUCUGUAACUUUUUUAUCUUGCAAAAUAGACUCUGUUCCUACUGAACAACUACUUCCCAUUUCCCCCUCUUUUCAGCCCCUGGUAAUUGCAAUUCUAUUUUGUUUUGAUGUAUUUAACUACUUUAGA